UAACUUCACUUUCUCUAAUAUUCUUCCCGCUUUGUGUCGGCAACCACCGUCCCAGCUUCGGGACCGGCCUUAAGAUUCAAGAAACGAAGACCACAACAAUGAACCGUGUUUCUUUAGUUGAGUAUCAUUGUAUAUACCUAAAUAUAUAGUUGCCUGCCCUCCUCGACCUCGUCGCAUCAUGUAUGAUAUGACAUAGCAGUAGUAAGUAAUAUAUACAGGAGUGCUAUCAUAUACAAGUACUAGUGGAAUUAUAUAUAUAUAUAUAUAUAUAUGUAUGGGGAACUGCGUGUUUAAAGGUUUUGGAGAGGUUGAACACAUGGUCAAAGUGGUGACCUCAAAUGGUGGAGUCAUGGAACUCUACGCCCCCAUAACAGCGGAGUGCAUUACCAACGAGUUCCCCGGCCACGGCAUCUUUCGGAGUCGAGAUGAUCAAGACCCCUUCUUGUUGUCGCCGCCUCUACACCAUAAAGAAGAGCUUCGUGCUGGAAAGUUGUACUAUCUCCUCCCUCUCAACAACAACAGCAGUACCAGUAAUAUUACUACCAAUAAUCACGUACGACAGCAACAAGAAGAAUACUUACUAGAAGAUUCUGCUGCAAGAAGCUGCAGCAGUAAGUUGAGUAGUACUAGUCAGCAAUCAACGGGUGCGGCCGCAGCGACUACUUACCGUAUGUCCUUGGAUAACCAUGGGAAAGUGUCGAAGCGAUCCUCAGAAGGAGCAGAGGUGUUCCCCAGGUACAACAGCAGUGGAGUUUGGAAGGUAAGGUUGGUGAUCAACCCUGAGCAACUUUCAGAAAUUUUGUCGCAGGAGGCCCGCACUGAGGCACUCAUCGAAAGUGUUAGAACGGUGGCCAAGAAUGGUACUACUACUACUUGUACAACGUCUGGGGUUUCCUCCAUUGACCGCUCACAAUUUAUGAGAUGAAUGCAGUGGUUUGUGAUUAAUGAAUUCAACUAGUACCAAGUUUUUUUCUUGAUGAUAUAUCGUGGAUAGCUCUUCAUCACCUAAUUAUUUCAACAAGUUCUCUCCCCUUUUCUUUCCAAAAAACUACUAGUAGCGUACACCAGUCCGAUUAUUCUAUCCUUUUGAAGAUUGAAGAACAUGUAAGAUGAGUCUUUUUGCUUUUAACCAAUCAUUCUGUCCUUUCGAUACUCUGUGUGUGU